GGCUCCUAGGCCAAAAAACAUAUUCCAACCCAUCAACCCUCAGAUUGGACCAGCUUAAUUUAUUAGUCCCCACCAGAGACCACACCAUGCACUAUAUAUCUUGCAUGUCACAAGCACAACCCAUAUUUUUUCCACCAAAUUUGAAUCAAGACUUCUUGUUUUUGCUUAACAUGGAAGGGAAGGGAGUGGAGAACCAGCAGAAGGAGCAGAGAGUGGAGAACCAGCAGAAGGAGCAGACUAAGGUAAGAGAUCAAACCCGGUAUCGAGGGAUUCGGAGGCGACCGUGGGGCAAGUUUGCUGCUGAAAUACGUGACCCUUCAAGAAAUGGGGCACGCCUAUGGCUAGGCACAUUUGAGACAGCUGAAGAGGCAGCUAGGGCUUAUGAUCGAGCUGCUUUCGGCUUCCGGGGUCAUUUGGCCAUCCUCAACUUCCCCAAUGACUACCAGUAUCAUAACCCAUCAAGCUCUUUGAUCAGCACUUCAUCCUCUUCAUCAUCAUCUCCAUUUUCUGCUGCUGAUAUUGGAAAGAGUACUAAUUUUGGCAGAGGCCAAGAAGAAGAUGAAGUUAUAGAGUUUGAGUACCUGGACAACAUGGUUUUGGAGGAGCUUCUUGACACAAAAGAGGAUCAUCAUAGACAGGGGAAACCAACCCAUUAGAGAAAUUGACUGGUUUUGCUUGAACUUAAGGCAAAGUUGAAGUUGGUUUAGCUCUGU